AUCGACUUAUUGGGUGGCAUUAACCACGACGAGGGGUCUAUGACUUUGGGCACUAUUGUCAAAGACCCGAAUCACGUGACACUCGCGGACUUUCAAAACGCGUUUAAAUCCAUGGAAUUAUUGGGUUUUCAUAACGUGAAUGUACCGAAAGUGACGGAACAUUACCUGAAAGGUGUCAACACUAGUAGUCCGGCGGCACUGCGCAUAGCAUUGACCGCACUAUUCAGUGAUAUAAACUUCAUAUGUCCGACAUAUCUGUUCGCCAAACGGUUCGCACAAACUGUCAAAGAGUCGCAAAGGGUUUACUUUUACGAGUUGUUGUACGCGAGUAAAUACUUUGCUAAUGAAACAUGGUGCGAUCUAACCACCAUGGGCAUUUGUCACAUGCAGGAUCACCCGUUUGUCUGGGGUCUACCACUCCGUUACCCAAACAACUACAGUUCCGAUGAUAACUAUUUCAGUAAAUAUGUGAUGAAAAUGUGGACCACAUUUGCCAAAACAGGUCAUAUGGACUCUGAUUGGCCGCAACUGUUAAACGAUGAGCCGAUGGGUGCGCCCAAAGUCCACGGUUUGGACCCAAAGGACUUACGGCUUGUACUCAAUGACCCGUUUCAUGAAACUUGUGACGGCGUUUGGGCCGACUAUUUCUUAUAAUUAU